CAGUGACGUUCCCUUCCGGUUUUGGUUUGGGUCACUAAGCUCGCGCAUGCUGUUGAAAAACAUAUACUCGACACUAUUUGAAAAUGAGUUCUCAGGAAGAAAAUAGAAAUGAUUCUGACAAAGAAGAUAACGAAACAGCCCAGCUUACAACGCCUGUUGAGGUUCACUCUGCAAAUGCUUGGGAGAAAGCGGAUCUUGGUGAUGACGAUCGAAAAAGCAAGUUUUUGAGACUCAUGGGCGCUGGAAAGAAGGAUCACCAUGGAAGGUUUAUUAUCGGUGAUCAUGAACCAUCACAUGCUAGAGCAAACAGCAGAACAGCUGAAAUGGAGCACAACCUGGAGGAACAAUAUCAGCACAGUCUGGCUCAUCGAUUACAGGGAGGCCGACGUGGCCACAUUGGUCUUGGUUUCCAAGAACAGGACAAAGAAGAACCAGGUGCACAGGCUGAUGAGAGCAAAGGAGAAAUACAACAAGAGGGCAGUGAUGAGGUAAUUAAAGAAAAGGAUGAGGAUGCUUGUGAUGAAACUGAAGAGGAAAAAGAAGAGGUGGAGGAGGUGGUGGACCAAACACCAAAUAAAAAAGAAACCAAGAAAAGAGAAUGCACAGAAAAGGCUAGUGCUGAGGAAUCAAGUGAGAAGAAAAAGAAGUUUAUCAAAGCAAGUUCUUAGACUUAGAAGACACAGUGCUGGGGAGAAUUGAGAGAUAAAAAAGACCAAGAGCCAUGUUCAUCUCCAUUUUAUAUGUUUGCAUUUUCAUUGUUAAUGAUCUACUUUCAGUCUGUCGCCUACUGCAUUAUUCCUGUUGGUAGUACUUAUGACUAGUUGGAAAAAACCCCAAAUCUGUUUCCUUCACUGGCUUUAUAGAUGUGUUAGUGUAAUUUCCUAAACAUGCUAAAGGAGUCAGGGAGACGAGUAUUAAAUGCAGAAAUCUCUUUGCAGUGUUAGAUAUUGCUCCCUUGUUAAGUUUUAUAUUUAAAAAAUGUUAUUAAUGUUUGAGUUAUUGCUGUGCAGAAGGAAUGGGCUUCUUGUGUUGCAAACAAUUGCUUGUAAAGCUCCUUACAUGAAUGAAUACAGGAUUGUUAAUAUUCUUUAGCAUAUUUAACUCCUUCCCUGCAGCACUACUUCGUUACACAUUAUGGGCUCAAGCAGAUAAGUGAUGAAAUGCAGGGAAAGCGUAAAACUUAGCACAGUAGCUGUUCUCCAUCUUUUCCACUCCAUUUAAAUUCUGUAUUCACUGACUGAUAUUGGCAGCUUGAACAUUACAUGUCAUCUGACCAUUUUAACAGUGUGUAAAUGAAUCUCUUUUAUCCUGUGUUGGCAUGCCUUUUGAAAGAUUUUUGAAAAUGCUUCAUAUUACAAUUAUUGUACUGUUUAAUAAAUGUGCUGUCUUCUGGUUAAAAAAAAAAGAGAGAGACAGGCAAAAGAAACUAAA